GGACGAUGUCUCCGAGGCAGAGACUGGCUCACUGGGUGCUCCUAGUCCAGAAGCAGUUUCUCCUAUGCACCGACAAGGAUCAGAGAGAUCCUUCGGUGCCGGCUCGUGGGGAGAUGACGAGGGGGACGGUGGGCAAGUGAACACCCCCGGGGAUGCCCAGAGCUUGGUGGAGGAGACUCAAUCGGUGGUCAGUGUCCACUACACGGCCGGGUCCGUGAGUGGGACCAGCGACCCUGGAGGGCAUGGUGGCAGAGCUCCGAGUGACGUGGGAUAUGUCGGGGAUGUAGGGAACGUUUUCAGCGCCAGCGGAGAGGACGACGAGACCGCGAGCGAGGCAUCGCGGUCAACGGCCGCAACAGCAUCGACAGCUGCAACUGCUGCUACGGCCGCGUCCACUGCGAGUUUCGCUACCACGGCAACGGCGGCGACCUUCUUGUCGACGUACUCACAGAUCAGCACAACCAGCCAGCAAGCGGCCCCCAGCCCUGCACACCUCCCCCCUCCUGUCCCGCAGUAUCCAUCCGAUGGCGCCGAGUUGAGUGAGGUUGCAGACCUCACUGACGUCCACGACAUGGAGGAGGAGAGCGUGCGAGGCAGGAGCCACACGCCUGCUUCCGUGGCUUCUGAUCGCCAUGCGCGUCAUGGUGAUAGUCAUGCCGUCAACUAAUCAUCCUAGUGCUACCUUGAGUUUUUUGCCGCUCCUUUUGCCCGCGGCGGCUUGCAGUCUGUCAGCCUCACCGAUCGAAUCAGUAAAUUAUGUGUCUG